CCCACGCCAACGCUCACACACGCUCACACACCCCUCCUCUGCUCCCUACCACUGUACCCGUCUCGUACCAGCAGGCCCUCCGAGGUCAUCGUCGACAUCGUACAGAUCCAGAGCAGCGUGGAAGCCCCGUACCACUGCCACGCAUCCCCAGCAAAGGCCCACCGCCCUCCCUCUACCUCUCGGUCGAUCUCUCUGCGCCGACCUCAGCUGCUUCCCUACGAGGAAGAUCCAUUCCGGACGCUGUCCACUCGGUCCAGGGGAGUGCGACGAGGAUUAUGGACCCACAGGACCAUUUGCGCACGUCGCAAGAGCCGAACGGCACCUCCGACCAUGCAUCGCAAGAUCCGCACGUGGAGUAUGCCGCCGCCGCCUCCCUAGAAGAUUCGGGUGCGGCAGAUUCACAUCCACCUGUAGCAACUUCUUCGGACUCGGCAGUCGAAGACACAACGGCGAUUGCUCCAGUACUUCAACAUGCGACAGAGGCAGCCGAAGAGGACAGUCACGAGACGGGUAAACCAAGUCUAUCAGCUGGGACCUCGAUCCUGCCUCAAGGGCGCAUAUCCUCGGCACAAGAACAGUCCACUACCAACGGUGGUAUCCGGAAUCAGGAGGCUACCGAGAGCAAGGCAGGCGCCGUGACCCCUCCGCCGCUUUCUGAAGGUUUAGACCGACAGCAGCCAGUCGAAUCUGAACCCGAAGCCGUUGUUCCCGAAUCCGACGAGCAGUCGCAAGUGGCCGCCCCAAAUGUCGAUGAUCAGGGCAAGCCAGAGUCUCUUUCAGGAAAGAUCCCUGUGAAACCUACGCAGACGCUAGAGGACACGAAUGUAGCUGUGGAAUCGACACCAAAGUCGCGGAGCUUCUCAUCAGUCCCCCUUGGCGGACCUUCCGUCUUCAUCCUUGCGGCACUGGAACAAUUGAUCUCAUCGAAGGACGCCAAAGGCUCCAAGAGCGCUGCAAAGCAACUACGAGAGGCUGCCGAAUCAGCUCGUGACCUCGUCAGGAGUGUUGCUGGAGAUUCGAGCGCCGAAUAUGAUCCGAGGAUCAUCUUCGAGCCCUUCCGGCUCGCCUGCGAGCCUGGCCGAAGUACGACGACGCAUACAACUGCACUAGACUGCGUUGGGAAGAUGGUCAGCUAUGGUUUCUUCUCCGGGGAGCGUGGCUCUGCACAAGGCCAGGGAGAUUUGUCCGAUACCGUCGUGACGACUAUAUGCCAAUUGCCGCCGACAAGCCCUAGCGCAGUCAGCCUACAGCAGCUCAAAGCUCUGCUCGCACUGGUUUUGGCUGGUCUUGCUAGGCAGAGCUCGCUUUUGCAAGCCGUUAGGACGGCAUAUGACGUUUUCCUCCUCUCCAAGGACCCACAAACGCAAGCCGUUGCUCAAGGCGUCUUGACCCAGAUGUGCAGCUCUACUUUUGGUCGAGUCAAGAUUCGUGAGCCGCCGAGCGGAGCCGAGGGAGGAGCUGGCCCGGACGGAGCUGGCAGUGCGAAUGGCGGUGGUCAGCUUCUGACCAAACAAUCUGGACCCGAGUCGGCUGGUGAGGCAUCCGAAGAAGGUCGUGUGACGCUGAAAGACCUGGAGACACGAGCUUCUUUCGACCAAGAAGCUCCGGGACUGCAAUCCGGACUUACAGGCCAAGGCGACAGAAGAGAAGGCACGGCUGAGAAGCCUGCGUCAGUUGCAGAUGAAUCCACAUUGGUCGGAGUAGCAUCAAGUGAUCUGACAGAGGAGGAGCUUUUGACCAAAGACGCCUUCCUGGUCUUGAGGGCUCUCUGCAAACUCAGUUGGAAGCCGCUGGCCGCUGACUCGGAGCGUGAUGUUCGCUCUCACGGGAUGCGUAGUAAGCUUCUUGCUCUUCAUCUCAUUUUGGGAAUUCUGCAAGGUCAUCUGCGUGUAUUCCAAGACCCAAGCAUCUCCUUGUCAAGCUCGACUACAGGAGAACGGACACCACUCGUUCAGGCAGUCAAACAGUACCUCUGUCUCAGUCUCAGUCGGAACGCCGUUUCGCCCGUCAACCAGGUGUUCGAGGUCUCUUGCGAAAUUUUUUGGAGAGUCCUAGAUGGACUUCGAACGAAGCUGAAGAAAGAGAUCGAGGUUCUAUUGAGCGAGAUAUUCCUGCCGAUCCUGGAGAUGCGAACGUCCACCACUACACAGAAGAGCAUCUUGUUGAGCAUCUUGAUGCGGAUCUGCCGGAAUCCUCAAGCCCUCGUCGAGAUUUACCUCAACUACGACUGUGAUCGUACAGCCCUCGACAACGUCUACGAGCGUCUAAUCACUGUCAUCUCCAAGAUCAGUCAGACCCAUCUCAGCCAAGAAGUCAAAGACAAAGCGAGAGAAGCGCAAUUGGCCGCUGAAGCUGAUCAGCAGAAUGCUCCUGCAGCAAGCCGGAUGAGCAGAUCAAGCAACGUCUCUAGCUCUGGGCCCGGUAACGUAACACUGCCGCCUCAGCUUUCGACCUCUGAGGUCGCUUCGUCCGACGUCACCUCUUCGAGCGCUGGUGGAGCCGAUGGACAGGGCAACAGUCCGGUGGAAGUGAGGCUGAAGCGCCAAUCUUUAGACUGUCUUUGUGCUGUUCUGCGGUCGCUUGUAGUGUGGUCUCAGAGGGGAGCGUCUGCUUCUGAUCAGUCAACAUCGACAAUGGCCUUACCACGCAGCGUCAGCAAUGCCAGUAUCAGCCUUGAGACUGGGCAAAGCUCUCAUUCACCUCGAACCAGCGAGGACAUAAGACCAGGAGAUGACUUGACUGGGCUCUCUAGAGAGUCGCAGCCGUCAGGGUACAGCGCUGGCUCCAAUGGAGCGAGUCUUGACCAUUCGCGAGUUGCCACACCAGACGUCAACGGCAAGGCAGCCUCGGCCGAUGAUGAUCCGACUCGUUUUCAGGACGCCAAGCAACGCAAGACCAUUCUCCUGGAAGGAAUUCGUAAAUUCAACUUCAAACCCAAGCGAGGUAUUGAAUUCCUGCACCAGCACGGCUUCCUUCGGUCUCGCCAGCCAAGUGACAUCGCUCGGUUCCUCCUCUACGCUGAUGGUCUGAACAAAGCUCAGAUCGGAGAAUAUUUGGGGGAAGGCGAUGCUGAAAAUAUCGCCACGAUGCACGCAUUUGUGGAUCUGAUGGACUUUGACAAUAUGCCUUUCACGACGGCUCUGCGGCGCUUCCUCCAGGCUUUCCGUCUACCCGGAGAGUCUCAAAAGAUCGAUCGAUACAUGCUCAAGUUUGCUGAGCGUUACGUCGCAGGCAACCCUUCUACUUUUGCAAAUGCCGACACUGCCUACGUAUUUGCCUACUCGGUUAUCAUGCUCAAUACAGACGCUCACAAUGCCCAAGUCAAGCACCGCAUGACUCUGAAGGACUUUGUGCGCAACAACGAAGGCAUCGACGAUGGCAAGAGUCUCCCUGAGGAAUACGUUCGUAGUGUCUUUGAGGAGAUUCAGACGAACGAAAUCAAAAUGAAGGACGAACAAAUUGCAGCUAGUACCACUGCGCCACCACCAGCGACAGGCCUAGCCGGCGCCAUUGCGACCGUGGGUAGGGAUCUGCAACGAGAGGCAUACGUUCUGCAGUCCGAGGGCAUGGCGAGUAAGACCGAGGCUCUCUUCAGAACGAUGGUCCGAGCUCAACGGCGCAUCCAUCCACAACAGCGCGCCGCCGCUGAACAAUUCUUUUCUGCGAGCCACUUUGAACAUGUACGACCGAUGUUCGAAGUCGCCUGGAUGGCAUUUCUCGCGGGUGUCUCUGGCCCUAUGCAAGAGUCCGACGAUGCAGAAACAAUUGCGCUCUGUUUAGCUGCAUUCCGUGAUGCUAUCCACAUCGUCUGUCUCUUCGGGAUGGAAUUGGAGAGAAACGCGUUUAUCACCACUCUAGCGAAAUUCACCUUCCUCAACAAUCUCGGCGAGAUGAAAAACAAGAAUGUCGAGGCGAUCAAAACUUUACUCGGCAUCGCUCAGACUGAGGGCAAUUACCUGAAAGGCAGCUGGCGAGAAGUGCUCGCUUGCGUGAGUCAGCUGGAGCGUUUCCAACUCAUCUCAGGAGGCGUCGACGAGCGCCAAAUACCAGAUGUUGGACGACGCAAUUCUCGCAAUGCAGCAAGCGCAAAUGGCCGCGCCCCGUUGACCCUUCCCGAUGAGGACGUCGUCCUAGCAGGAGGCUCGACGGAGGUCACUGUGGCUGCCGAUAUGGUCUUUGCAUCCUCUGCGAGACUCUCCGGUGAAGCUAUCGUCGACUUUGUGCAAUGCCUCGUUGAGAAUUCGUGGGAGGAGAUCCAGUCUUCGAGCAUGACGGAGCAUCCGCGCCUCUUCUCCCUCCAGAAGUUGGUCGAGAUCUCGUAUUACAAUAUGAACCGCAUCAGACUAGAGUGGAGCUCCAUCUGGGCCGUCCUUGGGCAGCACUUCAACCGAGUCUGUAUUCACCCACGACCACAAGUCUCAGCUUUUGCCCUCGAUUCGCUGCGUCAAUUGUCCAACCGCUUUCUGGAGCUGGAGGAAUUGCCUCUUUUCAAAUUCCAAAAGGACUUUUUGAAACCAUUCGAGUACACAAUGCGCAAUACAACGAGCACUGAAUCCAAGGAGAUGGUACUCAGUUGUAUUCAGCAGAUGAUCCUCUCGCGGAUUCACAACAUGCGCUCGGGAUGGAGGACAUUGCUAGGUACUUUAGCCGCGUCCGCAAAGUCGUCUGAAAGGGUGGCGACGAGCGGCUUCGAGCUCGUGCGCGGCCUUUAUACUGAUCACUUCGACGACAUUAUUCAAGCCGGCGCUUUCGCAGAUCUCACGGUUUGCUUGACCGACUUUGCCAAAGCGACACAAGCUCAGAAGAUUGCUCUCCGUAGUGUAGAGCUCCUCUCCUCCAUUGUACCUGCCAUGCUCGCUUCGCCAAUCUGCCCUCUACAUCCUCACAACGACCCUGGUCCGUCGCAAGCACAAGCUCCGGCUGACGAUCCGAUGGUACGGUUCUGGUUCCCAAGUCUCUUUAGCUUCUACGACGUCAUUAUGAACGGCGAUGAUCUUGAAGUGCGGAGGGUAGCGCUGGACUCCCUCUUUGAGAUCCUGAGACGAUACGGCUCCACAUUUAGGCAUGAUUUCUGGGCAACCGUAUGCCAAGAGGUCAUAUUCCCGAUCUUUGCCGUCUUGCGAUCGCGCUCAGACGUGUCGAGGUUCAGCACGCAGGAGGAUAUGAGCGUCUGGCUCUCGACGACGAUGAUUCAGGCCUUGCGCAAUCUCGUCACCCUUUGGACGUACUACUUCGAAACGCUGGAGUCGCUCUUGCCCAAGCUACUUAAUCUGCUUUGCGCCUGUAUCUGUCAGGAGAAUGACACUCUUGCUCGCAUCGGUACAUCAUGCCUCCAACAGCUGCUGGAGGCGAAUGUUCGCAAACUGUCGGAUCCCCAAUGGACAGAGGUCGUCGAUACAUUCCUGGAGCUAUUCCGCACUACGACAGCACAGCAGCUCUUUGAUCCUGCCCUGCGAGCCGAGAGUGUCGCAGCCUCACCAGGCGGCCCUUCACGAUCUCACACUUCGGGAGAGGCAGCUAUCAACCCCCUAAGCCCGGGGGUCAUUCCUUCUGAAGCUGCCGGCGCAGGCGCGGAUGAGGGAGAGCCGGACUAUACCUCCCACCGGCAAAGCUUGACAGCAUCGGAGCGGCGACGAGCCUUCAAGCAGAUCAUUGUCAAAUGUGUUUUGCAGCUGCUGCUCAUCGAGACGACGCAUAGCCUGUUGGCAAAGCCGAUCGUGUAUGAAUUGAUUCCCCCUGCCGAGCUUCUCAGGCUGAUGGAGGUGCUGGAGAAAAGCUAUCACUUCAGUAGGAAAUUCAAUUCGAACAAGGAGCUGCGCAUGGCGCUUUGGAAAGUCGGAUUCAUGAAGCAAUUGCCCAAUCUGCUCAAGCAAGAGAGCUCCUCCGCUGCCACCCUGAUCAAUGUGCUGGUGAGACUGCAUGGAGAUAGGCGACCAUCGCACCGACUACUGAGGGCCAAGGUCCGAAAGACGCUCGUCCCUCUGGGAGAGGCUGUCGUCAAUUCUUACCUUCCUCUCGAUCCUGAGACGCAGGGAAGGAAUGUUGCAGCCUGGACGCCCGUCGUAGCCGAAGUGUUCAGUGGACUCUGCACAUUCCACGACGUUGCCGAGGGGGAAGAGAUCAAUGACGACGAGUCUGCAUCCCCCGGCUUUGCGGGCCCUAAAGACAUGGGGGGCAAAGUAUUCACGCAUCAUGCUAAGAUCUUCUUUCCGCUCGCAGUCGAUCUGCUUUCGCGCGAACCGCUCCCUACCUCAAUCGGGGAGGCUUUGCGGACUUUCUUCUAUAAAGUAGGCGUUGCACAGGGCAUGAUCGAUGAGGAGUCGGAUCGGGAGAGGAGGCGGAAGAUCCAGGAGGGGAGGGACAGGGAGAAGGGGUUGCGCACCGUCUCACUGGAUGCCGAACAGCAGCAGCAGCCGCGGUUCAAGCUGAGAGACCCGCCAGCACCCAAGCUCGCUGCGGAUGUGCACGCUGCUGAAAAGAGGUUGGGGGAGGACGUGCCAAUUCAUCGGCCCACAAGUGCGGAUGCCACGUUCGCUCCUACCCCUCCGGAGCAAGACUAGACCUCUCUGUUCACCGCCUACGUAUUGUCAUAAAGACUCUGCUUCGCCUUUAGCAAUGAAUGCACGCUGUCUACACUGUUUGCAUAGAAGAUGCGCGCACUAUCUUGAAUCUCGAGCUGCGCUUGAAAGUCGACCACGGUACCAGCACGAGUGCUGUACCAGGCAGAAAGAGAAGACCAGUGCAGCGCAGCGGCAAAGGUUGUGUCGCCACUGGGUUCGCUAGAGGUGUUUCGUGCUUGCUUCGUUCUGGCGACCGUCAUACUGACUUGGCUCUUACGAAUACCAUCACACUCUUCGACGCAUGUCACCUCGUCAGCGACACUCUCGCUCCUGCGGCUCUACGUCCAGAGUCUAGCAACGUUCCAUUGCAGAAUUUGCAUUAUUUUCCAGCGCACUGUGUCUCCGCAUCCUUUCACACAAGGACUGCUCGCUCCUCUCUUGAGGCUUGGAAAAAUGGUGGAACUUUGUUGCGUAUUGUGCAGCGCUCGGC